AUGGACGCAACAUUUGAUAUCACAAACCGAUGUCCCUACACCGUCUGGGCAGCUGCCUCCCCCGGUGGAGGCAGGCGACUCGACCAAGGCCAGACCUGGAACAUCAAUGUGAACCCUGGCACGAUCCAGGCUCGUAUUUGGGGCCGAACCAAUUGCAACUUUGAUGCUAAUGGCCAAGGCAAAUGCGAUACCGGUGACUGUGGUCGCCUUGAAUGCCAAGGCUAUGGCUCACCCCCAAACACCUUAGCUGAAUUUGCCUUAAACCAACCUAACAACUUGGACUAUGUCGUCUCAAAAAUCUCAUCUCUUAAAUCUUUCAAUUACAUGUUUUCGAGUGUGAACCAAUUUCAAAAUUGUCCAAAAUUCAAGUGA